CACACUCCUCAUUCACAAUCUCAAACUGACAAACCUAAACCUUAAAUACCUCAACCUCAAAUCUCAAUCUCAAUCUCAACCUCAACCUUAACUAUGAAGAAGCUCAUCCGCCGCCUCUCCCGAGUGGCUGACUCAUCCCACUACUCUCUUUUACGGUCCGACCCUCGGUUCUCCCGCCGCUCACGGACCCCCAAAUCCCGCCGCAGCGGCGGGGUUCCCGAGGGUCAUUUACCCGUAUAUGUUGGCGAUGAGAUGGAACGUUUCAUCGUCAGCGCCGACUUACUCAACCACCCAAUCUUCAUCAGCUUGUUAAACAAAUCGGCUCAAGAAUACGGCUACGAGCAAAAAGGCGUGCUCCGUAUCCCGUGUCAUGUGCUCCUCUUCGAGCGGGUUCUUGAAGCCAUGCGGCUCGGCCAAGAAGCCGAUUACGAUCAGCUCCAGCUCCAACUCCAGCUUCAACUUCUCGCCGAUUGUUAGCCGAAUUUUUUUUUCUUAAUUAGGAGUAGCCGCUUAUUUUUAUUAAUGUUUUGAUGGUUUUACAUAUACGUUAACAGAUCGGUUUUUUAUUAGGUCUGUAAAUAUCGCUUAAUUAAUUUUCAUGUGUAAAUUUAAUUAUUAAACACGAGCCUCGUUAGUGUUUUC